AGACGCUAAAAGUGUUAUAAGCAUCAGGCAGCUUGCUUAUAUAGCCUAAAACGUCAUUAGAUAUUGAGUCUGGACUCAAAAAAUUGUAUAAGCACGGGCCCAGUUCAUAAGUUUGUGUUCACGGAUUAUUUCGUCAAACGAACGCUCUUUACAACUUUGUUUUACGAUUAUUCACGACUUGUAAUGAACGCAGCAUUAAUACGGUGACAAGAAGUUGAGAAUUAUGAUAAAAGUUCACAGAAUCGACUUGAGACAGCAGACCUUUGAUGACAGCAUGACAACUGAAGAUAUGUGCUAACUCAAUGAGCCAUGAUAAAAUGGAGAAGCAGAAUACAUGUGAUGCUGUCCAUCAGCUAGGGCAAGAUGCAGAUAGAAAUUGGCCAUCUCAAGGACUUGGUCUUCAGAGAAGUCAACAUCAUCAAGUGAAUGGUUAUGAUUCCGGUGACAGUUGGAAAGGCCAAGUGGUACCAUGCUUACAAAAUGAUGGUGCUGGUGAAAAAUAUGAAAGAAAGAUUGUGGAUAGUGACAAAAGCUCUAAAUUGUUGCCCCAUGUAUCUUCUGGUGAAGAAGGCAAAAUUUGUUUAAAAGAAAUGGUUGCAGAUGCCCAAACUGGAAAUUCCAAAGUGCCAUCAUACAUACAGUGUGAAGGUGAUGUUAAUAGUCAUAAACUGGGAACAAUUGUAGAUUAUACUGGUGAUAACUCCAUAAAGCCAUUCCACUUGAAUUGUGAAGAUACCAGUGAUAUUAAAAGAAUGGCAAUGAAAAUGGAUUGUAAUGAAAAAGUUCUUGCCUGUAGUUGGAAUAUCCAUACAAAUUGUCCAGUUCAUCGAAGCAGACCUACAGAGUACAACAAUGCUGAUGUCUUCUCUAGAGAUGAACCUCCAUGUGCAGAGACCUCUAGAUUAAAUACUGAUACAUUUGCUGAGAAGAUCUGGUGUAAAGCAGUGCCAGGCAAACCCUGGAGUAAUACUGAAACCACUCCAGUUGCUAAGAUGAACACCAUUGACCACACUGAUAAAGCUAUUGGGACUGGUCCCAUUGAUGGCAAUACAAAUUGGAUGGGCAAUGGUGAAAGUAGUAGUACUAGCCAAGUCAAAACUGGAAUAAAAGAACCAAGUCGUUGCCCUGACUGUUCCUCCUGCUUGUGUUGUAAGCACCAACAUAUCAUGGUACCCAGCAAAAAGCCAUUAGAAAACACUGGAGAGGAAAGAGAUCAGCAUGAUACAACUGGUACAGCUUGCCUAGAAAAAGAAAAUGUGCCUGUUCAGUUGGAUUACAGAAAUAACAUUUACAACUAUGGAUGGCCUUAUCCAUUCUGGCGUGGACAAUCAUGUCCACCUUGUGAGACUCCUAUGUACAUGUAUCCUGGAAUGCCUCAAUGGAUAUAUCCUUAUUCAUAUUCCUAUCAGAAUAAUCGUUCUGAGGAUUUACCAGAUAGGUCAGAACCUGCUUUAAGGUCUACGUUUGCACCUCCAGACACUCCUCGAACACCACAGUCUGUACCUCCAUCCCAUUUAUCUGAAAAUAGCUAUUCGAGAGAAACUGAAUCGCCAAAUUAUAAUUGUCCCAGAUUACCUGAAACGAGAAGUACACCCACAAUGAACAAUAAAGGGAAGCCGUUUAAGAGAAGGUUCCAGGAAUUCAAGGACCAUUAUCCAAGGACUAGUACACCUGAGAAUACAGAACCAUCUAUGUCCAAAUCUUCUGGGUGCAGAACACUUCUCAAUACACCAGCAGACAGCAUCACUUCACCAACGUUUGACUGGAAAGAACGAUUCAAGAGAAAAUAUUUCAAUUUCCCGGUUCCAUUCAUUGACUCUCACUGCCACCUUGACUUACUCUUUGAAAGAUCGGGUUUUACAGGUACAUUUGAUGAGUACAAGCAGUUGCAUCAGGACACAUUUCCUGAGAACUUCUUUGGCUGUGUAGCAAUUUUUUGUAACCCAGCCUCCUUUGUGCCUGAAGGUGGUCUGUGGAAAAAGUUGGCUAUGGACUACAAGUCUAACAUUUAUCUUGCAAUGGGAUGCCACCCAAAGAAUGCUGAGAAAUUUAACAGUGUUUCCUACAACAAUCUUAAAGCUUGUCUUCAACAUCCUAGGGUUGUUGCUCUUGGGGAGAUUGGCCUUGACUACUCAGGAACGUUUUACCAGCACGAGGUGGAACAGAAGACUGUAUUCAUCCAGCAGCUGAAUCUCGCACUGGAAGUGGGCAAACCGAUCGUGAUCCACUGCAGAGAUGCUGAAGAUGACUGUCUUGAGAUCAUGCAAAGGAUUGUACCACGGAAUUAUAAAAUCCAUUGUCAUUGCUUCACUGGAAAUUACACGAGCUGUCAAAAGUGGUUGAACAUGUUUCCCAACCUGUAUGUUGGGUUAACUCCCGUCAUCACCUACAACACUGCCAAGCCUGCUCAAGAGGUGGCCGAGUUCAUUCCACUGGAAAGACUGCUACUGGAAACUGAUGCACCGUACUUUGUUCCCCAUGGGGUUCCACGCAGUCAGCAGCAUGUUUCUCAUCCUGGAAUGGCAAUUACAGUGGCUGUUGAAGUGGCAUACCUGAGAGAUGUUCCAGUUUCAAUGGUGCUUGCGCAUUGUUACAGGAACACAAAGACUUUGUAUGGUAUAUAAUCUAGAACUUCCAACUAGCUGUUAUGAGUAUGUGGACUUUUUAAAUGAACUAUUUGCAAAACAAAUUGUUAUUGAUUUUUCAGGUAUUCCUUUAAGCCUAGAUCACAUUAAAUAAGACUGUGACUGAUUUUUAGUCUGCCCGACGGCAUUUGACAUAACCAAACAUGUUUGGGUCACAGACAACAGUCAUCGUAUAGUGUGAACGGGUCGUGUAAUGUGAUCUAGGCUUUAUAUGCAUUUUGAACGUGUUAAUAACAGAUGGCAGAUAUUGAAUACACAAUUAAAUAUAUUGUUGGGAUUUGUUACAAUAAAAAGCAGAUAAUCCAGUGAUAAGAUGUUAUCAGCAUAAUUUCCAAAAAUUGUUUAUGACCUGUAAAAUGCCUUUACCUACCUUGGAUCACCAUUAAUAAGGUGAUUUGCAAAUCUAGUUGCCUUUUUCCCCAUUAUAAAUGUGUCAUUUUACUUUGUUUUAUGGAUAAUUUUCAAAGUUAUAAAAUGAAGUUUAUUGUUCUACUCUGUUGUACUCUCUUUUGUUUAUUAUUGUAGACAUUUAAUCUUUUGGUGUUUUGUACAUCACCUUAAAUACGUAGCUACUAGUAUUUGGAACAUAAGUUAUAUACAUUUCUCAUGCUAACUGGUUCUCUUUGUAAACCGAUGAUAAUGCUAUAAUUGUGCAGCAGUGGCUGAAAAAAUGCCCUAGGUUUGGUGCAACUGGGGCCUGAAGCAUAACCUUUUUCUCUAUGACAGAAAUUGAUAUUUUUUGUGUUGAAUUUACGAAAACAAUAGAUGACAUUUUCUAAAGUUGGUGCAAACAAGAUGGUGGCCAUUUUCCAAAAUGAUAAUUAAGCUAAUUUAAAAUAAAAAAAAUCUCAAAAUACUUGACAUUUCAAUGGAAGCUUCUUUGGGAUGUAAAAAAAACUCAUUUAUUUGGUUGUUUUGACUGUGCAUGGCCCAAACGUAACCCAUUAUGUUCAUGUAAAUAAUAUGCUAAAUUUAAUGCCCAAACAGAAAAUAGAUUACACUAAAUUAGAUUUGUGUGAACGAGACGCAAUUUUCAGGUUUGUAAUUUAAAAAAAAAAUCUUUACCAAUUCCAGCCAAAUUUCACUGGAAGUUUCCUUGGCACAUGAAAAUACACAUUUGUGAAUUUGGUAAUUUUGACUUCCUAGAGGUCUGAGAGGCAAGGCCCAAAAGGGGAAAAUUAGCCAAUUAAAACAAAUCUUCUCAAAAUACUUGACCAUUACCAGCUGAAUUUCAUUGGAAUCUUUCUUGGCAUAUGGAGAAACAAGUUUUAAAAAAUGGGUAAUUUUGACUCCAGAAGCCAGAGGGGCACACCCAAAUGGGGGAAAUUAAAGCAAAUUUGAAACAAAAACAUUUUCUUGAAUUAUUUGACAAAUUCCUGCCAAAUUUCAUUGGAAGCUUUUUUUGGCGUAUGAAGAAACAAAUUACUUAAUUUGGUCUUUUUGACACACCCUUCCUCCUCCCCCACCACCGGGACUGAUGGGUAGGGCAGAAAGAAUAAAAUUAGGCCAAUUAAAAAAAGAAAUCUUCUCCACUUCCAAAAAUCCCAUUAGCAAAUAGUCUUCAUGUAUGUAAAGGUCAAUGGAUGGAUUAUCUAAAACAUCAGGUCCUAGGGAGGAGUGAAGUUUACUAUAGUUACAGAGAGAAAUGCCAUUUUAGAAAUCUUGCUUACAUCAACUUAAAAAAAAAAUCAUCUUAUUUCCAAUAGCAGUGUUUCUGCCAGAAAGAAAUAUUUGGGUAUGGCCCUAUGGAAUUGAAUAUUUACAAUGUGUGUGCUGCAUGCACCUGCCAUCUGCCAGAAAGAAAAUGGAUUACGUUUAGGGUUAGGGUUAAGAAAAUAAUACAGUAAUAAUAAGUCAUUAAUUUUGUCAAAAGGUUAACUUAAAAAAAUUAAAUCUGCAAAAUGUUUGGGUGUGGCGCCAUACCUAUUUUACCCUCUAGCAGAAACCCAGAUGAGCUUAGCGCCCCAAAGACUAGUUUCCAGCACAGUAACAAAUGCUAUCCAUUCAGGUCAGGUAUAAUUUGUUGUCCCCUGCUGCAGGACUACUCUGCUUAUAGAUGUAGGUCACUGUUAACCAUCACAACUUUUGGGAAAAAUAGUUUGGUGGGUUUUUUUUAUAUUGAUUAAAUUGCUUUUCAUUUGCUUUAUUUACAAGCAUGUAAUGUUGUAACAAAAUGCAUGUUUAGAAGUGGUAGGUUCUUGUUGAGUGAACAUUAAAAAUAGAUAGUCUUUGAAGAACUUUAUUGGUGUGCAUUAUUGUAGAUAUAUUUUAGUUGUUGAAAUAACCAUAUCUGCAUGAUGAAAUGUAGAAUAUUUUUUUACGAGUUUCAAGGAUACAGGUUUAAAAUCAAAUAAAUGUUAUGUAUGUACAUUAACUGCAGUCAGUUCAGUGAAUGGAUUGGUUAUUUUUUAAAGUUUAGUUUUGUUACAUGUAUGGUGCCACAUUCUGAAGUUAAUAAAAAUUCUUAACCCUG